AAUAAAGUGAGCGGCGACCACUGAAAGAAAGGCACGACUGCGGGAUUCCUGAACCAGGCAUCGUUGGAUUUAUUGGCAGCACCUAGACCUCUGUUUUAAGCAAUGACUUUGAACAAGAGCGACAAAUUGCGGAGCAUGGACAAGAGGAGAGGCAGCACGCCCUUCCCCGUGAACAUGGCCAACCUGCACCGCAGAAGCAUGCCGGUGGACGACAGGGACCUGCGCGCCACCGCCGUGCACCCGAGCGGACAAAACCACGAGCUGUCCAAGAUGCUGCGCUGCACCACCUACUCCCAGAACGAGCAGCACCGGGGCAGCUGCGCCAGCGACUCCUCGGACUCGGUCAUCUCCACCGGCAGCGAGGCCGACUCGCAGGUGCACAAGGUGGUUCUCCUCGGGGAGCACGGCGUGGGCAAGUCGAGCCUGGCGCGCGUCUUCGGCGGAGUUGAGGACGCUGCUCACGACUGUGACGAAGCAGGAAACUCCUAUGACAGAUCUAUUGUGGUGGAUGAGGAAGAAUCAGCUAUUGUGCUGUAUGACGUCUGGGAACAGGAUAACAGCCAGUGGCUAAAGGAGCAGUGCAUGAGGAUGGGUGACGCCUACAUCAUCGUGUACUCGGUGACGGACAAAUCAAGCUUCGAGAAGGCGUCGGAGUUGCGAAUUCAGCUGCGCAGGGCCAGACAGUCUGAAGAUAUUCCCAUAAUCCUUGUGGGCAAUAAGAGUGACCUGGUGAGGUCCAGAGAAGUGUCAGUUGAUGAGGGGAGUGCUUGUGCGAUGGUGUUUGACUGCAAGUUCAUAGAGACGUCGGCGUCCCUACACCACAACGUGCAGGACCUGUUUGAGGGCAUCGUUAGGCAAAUCCGCCUGAGGAAGGACAGCAAAGAGGAGAACGCUCGACGCAUGGCUAACUGCAGGCGGCGAGAGAGCAUCAGCAAGAAAGCCAAAAGAUUUCUGGGCCGCAUGGUUGCACGCAAAAACAAGAAGAUGGCUUUUAGGCAGAAGUCAAAGUCCUGCCAUGACCUCACAGUUCUUUGAGAACUACAUUGGACACAAAGACUUUCCAUCUUUUCUUGGCCUCGGAAGACCCAACGCUGUGUGUUUUCUAUUUGAACACUAACUAAAAUGGACUAAUAGAGCUGUACAGAAAUAUAUUUUUGAUCUUCAGACACCAAAAGCCAAGUCUAUAGUAGACGACAGACUUUACUUGUCAUAUCAUGUUAAUGGUGUUCAAGUGCAUGAAGCUUUGCCUAUUUAUUUCAUUUUGUCUGCCUUAACCCACAAAGGUUUUUUUUUUUUUCUAUUAGAUUGCAAAGAUUUCCUUUUCUAUUUUACUGAAAGGGAUCAUCGAUGUUAAAAUGGUACAAUGAAUGAUGCUGAAUGCAACAUACAUACAUCUCAUUAUGCACACGGCCAUAAAGCAUCACAAGUAUUCUGGAGUAAUAUUCACUUGAAGGACGGUACGCAGGUUCGUGCCUCAGUCAAGUUAAAAGAACCUGCAGCAUUAAGAGAAACUAUUGCAGUUGUUCUUUAACACUGAGUUCAAUUUGUGAAGCGGUAUGCUGUAUUUGUCUUGUAGACAUUCAGGUUUUCUUUGUCUUCGAUGUAUAUUUUUUUU